AUGGUGCUCAGCCUGGCCAUGGACUCCAGAGAGGAAUGGGAUGGCUGGAUGGAGGAGCAGUGGGAGAAAUGGUUGACUCAUGAUAUCAGUCUGGAUGAAUAUGAGGAUGAUGAUCUGUCUGAAGUGACUGAAAUCACGGAUGAAAACGGAAUUACACUCGUCCAUCUCGACCUCGACACUCAAGAUCACAUGACGCGGCCAACCAAUGGCGCGGCGAGGAGCGGCCGGAGGAGGGAGGCGGUGGAGCUGCAGGCUGAGAUGCUCCACUUGGACCUGAUUGAUGCAGAGGGAGGAAUCCAGGAAGAAGAGCGGGACGACAGGCGGCCUUUUGAUGCCAUCGAUGACAACCAUAAGGAGGAGCGGGGCGCAGGGCCGCCUGUCAUUCUGCCUCAGCUGAAAACACUCACUCCUGCUAACGAUAUGGAUACUUACCGGCCUAAAAGACCGACCACCCUCAAUCUUUUCCCCCAAGUGCCAAGGACCCAGGACACAAUAAAUAACAAUUCCUUUGGUGAGAAGGAAAGGAGGAAAGAAAAGAAAACUCAUUCUUCAUCACCACACAUUAAGGGAGAUUCGGCGGCCAAACCUGAGCAGGGGAGCCUGACCGAUGGGGACAAAGUUCAGGCCAGGGCUGACACUAAACCACGAGGCCCAGCCUCCACCAAGAACAAAGCCUCAGCCUUUCAGAAUAAGCAGCAGGACAAGUUAUCAGAGUCCUUGAACAAUCCCACCGUGGUUGCGCCCCUUACACAGACAGCCAUGAGGGACAAAUCUACAGAAGUACCCCUGAUAGAGGGUGUCCUUGACAUUUCGACCAUUUGCAAGGAGAAAGCCCGGUAUCACACUGUAAAUGGCUAUCGGGAACAAGUGCAGUAUCCUGCAGAGAAUGAAGGUAUGUGUGACCAGUUGGUCGACAGAAACAAGGACUAUCACAUUUCGGAGGGAAAUGCCACAGAGGAGAUCCACCUCACGCCGGUCAACGGUGAACAGGAGCGACCGUUUCUGUCCCAGAGCAGCGACAGCAACCGCAUGUCUAUUAGUUCAGACACUGAGCUUCCUCCCCUUCACUAUUACCCAUCGGCAGGAUGUCCAAACCCCUCCAUUAGUGAGGAGGAUGAGGUGUAUCCUCCUACACCUCCAUGCCGGACUGUCAGCCUCAGCGAACAACCAGGAGACUCUAGUCAAUGGGCUGAAACCCGCAAACCCAAAAUGGCGAAGGACGAAACGGGGAAUGUAAAGGCAGUGGCGGUUAGCACGGAUGCUUCAGGACUGACCUAUGACUCUGUGAAGUACACCCUGGUGGUGGAUGAACAUGCUAAGCUUGAGCUAGUGAGCAUUAAGGACUGCUACAAAGGUUAUGAAAGUGACAGCGAUAACACCGUCUACGAGUCUGCCAUCGAUGAGGACGACGAGGACCAGGAGGCUGAUGAAGAAGAUGAAGAGUCAGGGGCAAGGAGCAUGAGGAGAGACACCUCCUGUUUGUCUGCGGACUCGACCACAGACACCACCUCAGAUGUGCCCCGAUCCCGCAAGUUCAUGAACAUUUUUGGGAAUGGGCGGUCACGAUUCUCUGGUGCUGAGUUUGGAUUCUUCUCCUGCGUUAUUAAUGGAGAGGAAAGAGAACAGAGCCACAGAGCGGUGUUCAGAUUUGUUCCUCGUCAUGAUGAUGAGUUGGAGUUAGAAGCGGACGACCCAUUACUAGUGGAGUUGCAGGCUGAGGAUCUGUGGUGCGAGGCCUAUAAUAUGCGCACCGGAACCAGAGGCAUCUUCCCUGCUUUCUAUGCCGUCAAGGUGGCAAAGGAUGAACUUGUUAAAGAGGUCAAAGGUGACUGGAUGGACAAAUUCUGGGUGAAAUUUCUUGGUUCUGUUCAAGUGCCGUAUCACAAAGGGAACGAUGUGCUUUGUGCUGCCAUGCACAAGAUAGCAUCAAACAGACGAACAACAAUGCAGUUCAGUCCUCCUUCGCCUUGCAUAGUGGAAAUCAACACAAGAGGAUUGAAAAUCGUUGUUCAGGACGACUGCCGCACUUCUGGAAGGGGUGAGAAGUGCUUUCACUUUUUCCAGCUGAAAAACAUCUCCUUCUGCGGCUGCCAUCCCAAGAACAACAAGUAUUUUGGGCUAAUAACGAAACAUCCAGCAAACCAGCGAUUUGCCUGUCACGUGUUCUUCUCAGAUGAUACAACCACAAAACUGGCCGAAUCUGUAGGGAAAGCUUUUCAGCAAUUCUACAAAGAACAUAUGGAAUAUUCCUGUCCGACAGAAGACAUCUUCCUCGAAUGACCUUCAGUCUACUUGUAUUUUUGCAUUAUCACACACUAUAUGAGGUGUCGCAUGAUGGUGGUUUUGAGCCUCUUCGUAAUGUGUCAUGUUGAUGAUAUAAUGUUGAUGUCUAUUUUAGACAAAUGUUCAAAUCGGCUACAGCGCAACUCCUUUCACCUCGUACAAACUGAGUAUUACUGACUGGUGUAAAGCCUUACGAAGUUUAAUAACUGAAAAAAAAAGUUUGAUGUGACUUGUAAAAAUCAUUUCUGUGCCGAAUUUGGUUGGGAAUUCAUUUGAAGCACAAUGUUUAACGCAUUAACGAUGGAAGAAAGAACUUAGGCGGGGUCUAAAAUUAAUGUUUAUCAGAAACCAAAGCUAUCCUGGUGAACGCCAUUCUUCACUCAGAACUGGCGCAAACCGUAUAAUUUAAUUGAGGCUAAUCUGUUCAUCCCAGGUUAAGGGAAGACAAACUUUUCGCAAAUCAUAAUUAGCAUCACUUUGAACACAGGGUUAUGAAACUCUGAUCUAGUCACAUUUACCAAUUUGCAGCAAAUUUUUGAGGAUAAAAUCCAGUAAUUUCAACACAAAUACACACUAUUGCAGGAAAAGGUUGUAUUCAUCAAAUUUGCCACAUUGACCAACAGUUAACUACUUGGCUCGAAUGUGACUUCUAUGUGAGCUCUGCUUUAUGCAUCACUGCACUAUUGAUAGUCGAUAAUAUAGUGUUUCCCGCCAAAUUUCAUUAACAUCACUGCACCUUUGCAGUGUCACAGUUGCUGAAGUGCUGAAUGUAAGAAUGCCCCUGGUUAUGCUUUUAAGGGCCCUAAUUGUGUCUUGGGGUUGGAAAUGAUUUUAUUUUUCCAAAUAUGAAGCAUAACCCUUUUCUCUCCAAGUGAAAAAACGGUACUUACAAAAAUCUAAAUUGAACUUUGCCUAAACUUUUACUUCUGAGAGUAUUCUGAUUAGUCCAAAAGCCAUCAGAAGGUAAACUAUUUCAACAAUUCAUAAAAUAGUGGAUAUCUUGUAUGAAUUUCUACAAUCUUAUUCAAAAUAUGAAGCAUGAACCUUUUUUCUCCUAGUGUAAAAAAUGGUACUUUCCAAAAUCUAAAUUGAACUUUGCUUGAACACCUGCUUCUGAGAGUGUUUACUCUGAUCUGAUUAAUCCAAACCCAUCACAAGGGAAACUAUUUGACAAUUUUGUAAAAUAGUGGCUACUUUGGAUCUCGCCAAGUGAACAAAAUUAUAGUUUCAUUCAUUUCCUUCGGCUUAGUCCCUUAGGUAUAAGGGGUCGCCACAGCAGAAUGAACCGCUAACUGUUCCAGCUAAUUUUUUAUUUAGCGGAUGCUCUUUAAGCUGCAACCCAGUACUGGGAAACAAUGGUACUUUCCAAAAACCUAAUUGAACUUAACCUAAACUCUUACUUCUGAAAGUCUACUCUCUGCUCUGAUUGGUCCAAGCCCGGUCCAAACCAAUCACAAGGGAAACUAUUUUACAAUUUCAUUAGAUAGUGGCUAUAUUGCAUGAAUUUAUACAAUUAAAAAAACCUAAUUCAUACAAAUUAUCCAAUAAUUUGACGAAACUAAAUUGUUAGCAACUGCACUGAGAUCACAUUGGAUUUGUCAGAUGGUCAAUUGGUAAUGUAAGGGUGUUCCUUCAUGUUUCGAUUUGAUGUUUUGAUGAAUUCAUAGUUCAUCUGCUCAAACCCCAAUAAUGUUCUGUUUACUGUUGGAAUCAUGGGCAAGUCGUACAAAUUAUAUGAAUACGUUUCAUGCACAAAUAAUUCCUUAUGACUCUUAUCAAGAAGUUCAGAAUCAAUUUUUUAGUUAUUACAUUGAGAAAGGGUCAGAAAAGCAUGAUAGGGCCAUUUUAAAUCAGGUUUAUCUUUGGUCAGAUGUGCACUACAAAGUAUGGCAAAUACAAUGCUUACGUCUGUGAAUGGUUUGUGUUUUUGAUUCUUGUAUGUUUACGUGUGCUUAUUCCCAUAUGUUGCUCUGUUAAACAGAGUGUAAUCUGGGCCUGCUGACAUUCUGGUUCUGUAUCCAUGACAUGUAGCUGUGCAAACCAAAUAAUUUUAUUUUCUUUUUACAUACUAUAUUAGAAAUCUUAUUUAUAAUUAUUACGAAAUGAAAAGAUCUUGAAGUAUAUAUUAUUCAGGCACCUGAACGUAUAUAAGUAAAGGAUGCAACGUUGAACAAUCUGUAUAAAUGGUGCUGAGGAACACGGCUGUCUGGUAUUGAAAGGUUUGCGCUUUAUCUUUUAUUAUUUUCCUAAUACAGGAUGAAAGGUUUUAAAAGCAAGGCCUAAAAUGGAUCCAUCUUCAACAGUCCUUUCAAAAUGGCACAUCCGCACAGCAUGCGCUUUCCCGAUAUGCAAUAUUCACUAAAUGAGCAAGGUUUAAAACUGAAUAAUCAACUGACCAAAUGGCAGUGUGUGUCUCACUCUGUGUGUGAAGGUGUUUUGCUCAGUACGGCCAUUUUGAAAGGUGGUUUUCAGUUAUUAGAACCAUCUGCGGACCGAUCCUGCAGAAUUCACAAGUUGUGCCUAUUUCAUUUGAUAUCACUGUACUUGUUUUGUUUUUGUUCAGUGGAAACCAUGAAAUUAAAUUCUAUUUGUAAAUGGA